AAUUCCCAACUUGCAAUCAAUCAUCUCAAAAGUUAAACGGGUGUAGAUUUCUCUCUUAAAAUUAGAAAGACAUGGGAAGAGUGAAGCUCCAGAUCAAGAGGAUUGAAAAUACAACUAAUAGGCAAGUCACUUUCUCAAAAAGGAGAAAUGGUCUUAUAAAGAAAGCUUAUGAACUUUCUGUCCUCUGUGAUGUUGAUGUAGCUCUCAUCAUGUUCUCCCCAUCUGGAAGAGUCAGUCUUUUUUCUGGAAACAAAAGCAUUGAGGAAAUUUUGGCUCGUUAUGUCAAUCUUCCAGAGCAUGAGCGAGGAAGAAGACUGCAUAAUCAAGAGUUUCUACAAAGAGCUGUUGGUAAGUUGAUGGGUGAGGCAAAUCAAACAUAUCAAGAAGCCAGUAACCCAAUGACGGUUCAUUCCCACAUCGAGGUAUUUUCAUGCAUGAAUUCUAUUUCCAUCCUGCUACUUAUUAUCAUUUUAUCGUUUAAUUGUUAUGGUGAACCACUUCAAAUGGAUGAAUUACAGGAUAUUCAACAAGAAAUUCGUAAGUAUAGGUCUCAGAUACAGAAUAUGGAGAAACGACUAAGGAUCUUUGAAAGUGAUCCAUCUGAAAUAACAACCUCGUAUGAAAUCGAGUACCGAGCUCAAAUCCUUGAGGAAACUUUGAAACAAGUUCGCCUGCGCAAGCGGCAACUUUUGGAAGAGAAGUAUAAUCAUAAUUCUCCGAGCACACCAUCAACUUCACAUGCACAUCUUCCUCCGGAAACGCCAGACUUGAAAGGUUUAGCUGCAGAAAGUCCAAAUAAUUGUUUGGAGUGGCUUCCACAAAGAGACCCACAAGUUCAGAUCCUAAAUUUUUUGGAUUCAAACGGCCUUCUUCCUCCGAGAGAUCGACCUGAAAUCUUACAGCCGCCUUCAAAUCCCUUUGAUGGAGAAAACAUAAACAUUUAUGAGCAGAUAAGGCCAAGAGUUGGGUUGCAGGAGGACAAUAAUAUGCAACGUCCUGAGAUUGGACAAGUGAUUGACGUCAACUUGUCCCCAUGGACUGAAUUUUAUCCCACAGGUAUUGAUGUAGUGCAGGCCGUCAAUUAGGUAAUAGUCCCAUUCCCGCUU